GGGAACGAGAGAGAGAGAGAGAGAGAGAGAGAGAGAGCGGUGGGGAGGAGAGGGAAGCAGCGCUGCAUCAUCACUACUGCCACCACAGCAGAGAGGAGAGGCAGUUUACUGCCUGCCUCCCUGAUCUCUCUCUCUCACACACAUUCAUGCAUACACACUCUCUUCCUCACACGCACACACACACACACUGGAAGUCAGCCGGCUGUCUCUUGAGCCUCACUAGAAGCUUCAUGGAAGAAGAGAUCCUGGUGACAUUAUCCAUCACAUCUGGAUGUUCGCCUGCCUCCACGACUCCAGACGCCGUGUGUGUGUGUGAAAUAGUGUGUGUGUUCAUCCUCCGUCAGCGGACCGUGGACGAAGCCGCCACUUCCUGCUUGUUUGGACUCUCCUGCUUGUGUCAGCGUGGAGGAGCGUUAACGUCGGAGCGGCCGGGAAUUUCAUUGCAUUGUUUUUUUUGCAAAGAGCGGAAGUGGAUGCUUGGAUUCUUUUGGUGGCAGCGUGCCGGAGCAGAGUGCUUACCUCAGGAUUUGCAGUCGAGAGGUAGGGUGGAGGGUAGGGUGGGUGGGGGGGUAUGAUAAACAGCUGCGAGGGGAGGACGGUUUGCACUGCAGCAUCAGACUGGCAUCUCUUGUUCUAUGUUUUUUUUGCGAGGUUGCACACAUGCACAUAUUUCCCACCCAGCAGCAGCAGCAGCAGCAGCAGCAGGCUGCGUUGUGCUCCCGCCGAUGGAUUACUGCUACUUUAAGGAUGGGCUCGCUGCCCGCUGACGGAGAAAAGAUGCUGAUUUAAGAAGAACAGGAGCACUCUUUGUUUUUGGAGCAACUUCAGGAUUAGAAAACAGACUUGGGGAUGCGUUGAGCUGAAACCGCCCCCCUCCUGCUCCCUCCUCCCCUCUCCAGUCCAAACAUGAACUCUUCCUCCGAUGUGAACCAAAGCGGCUCUCCCCCGUUCUGCCUGCUGGGCGCCGUGGGUUACUCCCGCAGCCUGGACACCUGCGUGCUUGAGGUGGUCAUCAUCCUCUUCCUCACCGUGCUCAUCAUUGCCGGCAACCUGGUGGUGAUCUUCGUCUUCCACUGCGCCCCGCUGCUGCACCACCACACCACCAGCCACUUCAUCCAGACCAUGGCGUACGCCGACCUGCUGGUGGGCGUCAGCUGCCUGGUGCCCUCGCUGUCGCUGCUCCACUACCUCCGAGGCCUGAACGAGGAGCUCACCUGCAAGGCGUUCGGCUACAUGGUGUCCGUGCUGAAGAGCGUUUCUAUGGCGUCGCUGGCGUGCAUCAGCGUGGACCGCUACAUCGCCAUCACCCGCCCGCUGUCGUACGCCACGCUGGUGACGCCGUGCCGGCUGAGGGUGUGCAUCGUCCUCAUCUGGGUUUACUCCGCGUUGAUCUUCCUGCCGUCCUUCUUCGGCUGGGGGAAGCCCGGUUACCACGGGGACAUAUUUCAGUGGUGCGCCGACUCCUGGAAGACCAACCCGGGGUUCAGCACCUUCAUUGUGGCGCUGCUCUACGCACCGGCAGCGCUCACCGUCUGCUUCACCUACGGGAGUAUAUUCCGGAUCUGCCGGCAGCACACGAGGGAGAUCACCCAGCGCCACGCCCGCUUCAGCUCGCAGGCGGAGGGCGACAAAGGCGAGCGCGGGGAGCGCUGCGAGGGCUGCCCGGACAAACGCUACGCCAUGGUGCUGUUCCGCAUCACCAGCGUCUUCUAUGUGCUGUGGAUGCCGUACAUCCUCUACUUCCUCCUGGAGAGCGCCGAGCUGUAUCACCACAAGGUGGCGUCCUUCCUCACAACGUGGUUGGCGAUCAGCAACAGCUUCUGUAACUGUCUCAUCUACAGCCUCUCCAACAGCGUCUUCCGGAAAGGCCUCGGCCGCCUCUUCAGCCCGUUGUUUCCCUCCUGCCUCGGCUGCGUGGACGCCAAAAAGGCUCUAGCUCCCGCCGGCCCGCGACCGGACCCUCGAUGCCAAGUAUGAGGCCCCGACGACGGCGAAGGAUUCGGUUUGGUCACUUUGGCGGCGUCUUUGUGUCUCUGCUUGGCUCUCAGCUGCGUAGCAUGACACAGGGCUUUUUGGUCCCGCAGUGAAAUGUGUUGAGGACCCCCCUGCAUGGAGCACGGCGAGGUGCCCGUGCAGAUGCCCGUCGGUUGUCUCAAAGGCUGAUUUUGUGGAGGUUUUUUUGAACGCUCUUCAGUGUGAUGCUGCAAAGAUCACAAGCUGACGACGCGGAGGGAAGAAGUUUAACAUUGAUGAAGAGAGACUGUAGGAUUCACGUCCUGCCUGCACUGACUCAACAACUCCCAGAUGCAAAAAAAAAGGAAAGCACAGCACGACUUGUGUUGUACGAUCCACUGAAAUGCAAAAAAUGUUUUAAAUCUUUUCGAGCCUGACUGAAAAAAAUCUGUGUUCUUGGUUCUUUCAGGGUGGAAAUAGGUGAUGCAAAAAAAACAUGUUAAAACACUUGAAACAGAUGUUUCCCUCCAGGGAACUCCAGAUGCUAAUGAGUUAAUGAGCUAAUGAAAAAUCAUUCAUCUGAUAUUCAGCCUGUGUGAGUUAAACUGUGUCGGAUGGACUUUCCCAGAGAGAAGAUUGAGGUCUGUGUCGGAGCUUUUAUUCCUUUCGUUUGAAGCUGGGUGUUAGUGGGAAGCUCCAGGUAUGUUUACACAGUCUCUGGUUUCACAUGAAAUAGUUGAUUUUAAGAAUUAGCUUUACUUUCUAAGGUCGCGGCGUAUCCUCGUCAAAGAGACAAUAUUUAUUUGGAGAGUUGUAUUCUCUGUUUGUUUCCUCCUCAGGUUUAUCAGCAGUUCUUUGUUAAGCCUCCGGGCUGUUUGCCUUCAUGACUCUUAAAUCACAAGCCACGUAGCGUCUUAAGAUAAUCACCUCCUGACUUGUCUGCUGUCUGCCUCGAUGCAAAGACUCAUUGUGAUCUGUAACGUCUUCUCUUCUAGCAGCCGAUAGCCGUUCAGUUCAGCGUGAAGUGGAGGAGAAGUGUUAUCGCCGUGCAUCACGAGCCUGUGAGAGGGUCAGAGCACUUUUUUUUCUGAGAGCCAGUGACCGCUUGUGGCUUCAUGUAAAUAUACUUUAAGAGUUUAAAUAUUUAAACAGCGGCUAACGGGGCCCCCUGCUGUAAAGUAGACCUCUGGGAGUACAAAUGGUUUUGUGGAUGAAGUGUUGUGUUUUAUAAGAUAAUUUAUUUGUCGCAGCCAAGAGGUCUGACGUGCUACACUCGAGACACUAGUGUUGAGAAGAAGAAGAAGUGUUUCUUUAUAUACUGCACGAAGAUUUAAGAUGCAGUUUGGAUUUAAAGUCACAAUGAAAUGGUUUCUGAGAGCGUCUUGCUCCUGAAUUUGACAUAUUUGUGGUUAAAAAAGAAGAAGAAAAACAAAAACAUACUAUGGCCAAAAGUAUAUGGACGGUUUGGGCUCCUUAGAUCCAAUAAGGGGACAUUUUAAAGCAACAGCAUACAACGGUAUUUUCAAAGGCAAAAUCACAUUUUUAUUUUUUACUAUCUAAAAAAGUCAUAGAAAUGUGUAUUUUCUGUGGAAACGGCAUGCUAAAAUGUCAGUAAAUUAUAACACUGAGCUGAAAAACCAAACCACAGUUUACAACACUCUGGUGUUGUGAUUUUAUUUAUUUAUUGGGGAAAGUUCACAUUAAUAAAUAUCGCUGCCAACCAGACACAAAUAGCCAAAAGGCUAAAGAGCCGACUGUUUCAUUUACUGUAAGUGAAACAGACAACUAAGAAGAGAGUUAUAUCAAGUUAGUGUUAAUACGUAGCCCAUAAAAUGACCAUUUGUAUAUCAGUUACUCACCCCGUGUUACCUUGAGUUCUUAAAGAAAACUUCGUUUUUCUCUCACGCCUCCAUAAUGAACGGAGAAUCCAAAAACCUGACCUUCCUCCGUGCAUGAGAUGAUAGCGACUGAAGCAUUUUAAAUAGUACGUUUUUGGUGAAAAAUAGUGGAUUGAAAGCUAAAAGAUUGCUUAUCGUUUGUCUCGGUGUGGGUCGUGCCGGUGUAAAAAUUCAAAGUGGUUUGAUUUUAGGCCAAACACUGGACCAGUAUACCGGAAUUUACCACUAGGUGUCGCACUUGACUCUGCAGCUGCUCAACCAAAACUCGGAGAAGCAGCUUGUCACUAAAAUGAGAAUAGCUAGUCCACCUUAACAGUCGAAGUUGUCGCUAACUCUGGGGCUAACCUCCUCACUUUAACCAGCAGGUGGCAAGAGACGGGAGCUUGGCUUGGGUCUUGAGGAGUUGUAGCAUUUAUUCACUGAGUCUAAACUGUACACACACUGCACUGCUGCUUUCACAGCUAUAACUGAUAACUUCAAACUCACUGUCGGUAUGUGACACACGCUCUCUCUCUCUCUCUUGAUCGCACUCAACCAACGUUACGGCCUGCCGGCUUUGCAAUACACUGUCUGGUUGAAGCCCGUCUUGUCUCGUCACCCCAAAAAACACAUGAACUUUCUAGUAAACGAACACAACAUGUACCGUGCGCCCCUUCCCCCCUCUACUGAAAUAGAAUCUCCUUCAUGUUGCUAGCAGUAAUUCACGCACGGCCUGUCAGACACUAGUGGCUCCUUUAGUCCGUUUAUAAACAAACAUAAUAUUAUGUUAAUCACGUUGUCAUAUUGCUUAUCAAUAAUGCAAUACAAGCUGGAUUUAGCGCCGUGACGCAGUCGGCACCUGUUGCUGAUGUCGGCUACUUUUCAGUUUGCCAGAACGUGUCAUAAAGACAAAUGUCGGUUCGGCCGGUUUGCAUAAAAUCAAAUGUAAGCUCGUACACCGGACCGGACCGGCAGAACCGUAAAUUGGCCCAUCUCUAGUAGGUGUGAUGUUUGCUCUGUGCUAAUGUGAAGGUGGUUCAACUCAUCACAGUUUCCCAGCUGGCCUUCAGCCGUUCUGUAGGGUGGCCACAAAAAUGUUGCCAUAAAUUGUAUUAAAUAUAAUUUAAAACGUAUCCAGAUGUUUAUUUUGAUGUAAAAAUAUGUGAAAAUUUGAAAAAUAUACAUUUAAUGUUUUAUGUGUAUAUUACCACAAGAGAAAUCACUUUGAAAGCAAGUUUGAGAGUUUGUUCUUGACCUUGGAAACAGUCACCACAAGGCCCAUUUAGUAGCUGAUCUGGAGCUUUCAGUUGUAUCACACUGAUCUUCCUCAGCAGAUGAAGUUUGUCCGUUUGUCAUUGACUUGUAGAUGUUCAAAUUAAAGGUGCUAUUGAUAACAUUGAUGACAUUCAGCCACUAGAUGUCGCGUUCUCCCUCCGUCGUUCCAUUGCAUUCACUUCACAACAAGUUGUUGCCAGACACUUACCGUCAAUCUCUCUUUUUCCACACUAACCGAUGACCCAGAAACACCAACGUUGUUUAACUAUUGGCUCACAAGCCUUGUUAGAAGCGGGAACUAAACGUCAGAUAUCCUCCACAGAGAUGAACAAAACAUUCAUUUUGGACCCGUCAAAAUUUUAAAAAUUAUUAAUUCACAAUCAUAAUUUUUUCAGGAAAAGCCAUACUUUUAUUCGGCACCUUUCUAAAAGCGCUGUAGAUGUAUUAUUU